UUGCGUCAUUUAAACGCGACAGGCCUCUACGUAUUUACUGCGGCCCUGGAAAUGGGUGAGUCCUUGUUUAAGGCCGUGAUAAUAAAGUAUUUGAGGAAUAAAUUUAGUCUGUAGAGACUUUUUAGGGUAUAUUUCUUUCGAAUGCUGUUUUUGCUUGUAGCUGAAUCCGUCUGAGCGGCUCGGUAAACUACCACUGCAGGUUAAUGUUGCUAGCGGAGGCUGUAUCUGCAGCGUCAGGUAAACGGCUAGCGCGCUGAAGCUCCACAACAACGAAAGCUCCGUUAUUUAAACACCCCAGAUCUGCUCAGACAGCAGUCAUGACCUCCAGGCGAACAGCCUACACCACCGCUAGCAUGGACCCAUCUCCGGUCCACAGCGGAAACCGUAAACAGAGCAUCAUCAACAACCCCGACCGGACCGAAACCUGUUAUGAUCGCAAAGCGGCCACGCAGGGCAGCAUGACGGUGAUGUCGCUCAAAUCCCGCCUGGCUCCGACCAUUCAGACUGCCAUGUCCGCUGCAGUGGACACCCUGGUCGGAGAAAUGGUUCUGGUCCUUAACGAGACCCAGCUGGAGCUCCUACACAAGGAGCAAGAGAACCAAAGGCUCAAGGUUCGACUGGAGGUGUCUGAGCGGGAGCUGAAGACCCUGCAGGAUUGCCUGUGUAGUGCUCAGAAGCUCAUAGACCAGCUACAGGUCUCCUACACGGGCCCUCAGGCCAUCAGCCAGUCCGUCUUCGCCCCUCAUCUGUCCUCCAUGGCUCCUCUGACUUCAGGAUUAGACCGGGACCACCAGACCUCCAGGAGCGGAGCGAGUGUGGACUUGGGUCUCGGUGGCUCUGUGGAUGAAUCGAUUCAUGGUUUUGAACCAAGAGAUGAUUACAAAAUGUGUCAGCUCUCGAUCCAGCCGGAUGGUUCUGUCACCAACCACGCUCUGGACUCGUUCGCCUCCAACACCUCCCAUAUGUGCUCCGAUGCCAGCAGACCAGAUGAGAGGCAGCCUCCUGGACCAGGUGGAACGCUCAGAUUCGAGAUCAAAGAAGAGCAAGGACCAGGUUCGGGUUCUGGUCAGCCUGGUGGGAAGGAACCUGGGUUGCAUUCUGACAACCAAGUUGGAGAUGGAGAAGGAUCGUCUCUUAAUGUGGGGGACAUUGGUUAUGGUCAAGUUGGAAGUGAAGGGGGCUCUCAGCGCUCUUUUUCCCACCCCCUUCGCCACCAGAGACCUUUGCGUGAAUGUGGCAGUGGCUUGGAGCGGGGUGGACUUGAUGGACAGAAACCUUUGCUCAGGACUUCCGUAGCAGGCAGAGGAGACGUUGUUUCACCCGGCAGAGCCGAGGACUCUGCAGGACCUUCAGCUCCUGACACAUCGAGGGAGCCCUCUGCAGACCGGCCUCAUCAUUGCCUGGAGUGUGGGAAGACCUUCCGUCUGAUCUCCAGCCUGAAGAAGCAUAUCCGCAUCCACACCGGUGAGAAGCCCUACCCAUGUGGUGUCUGCGGCCGGCGCUUCCGCGAGUCCGGAGCCCUCAAAACACAUCUGCGCAUCCACACUGGUGAGAAGCCAUACUCUUGUUCAGAGUGUGGGAACUGCUUCCGCCACUUGGAUGGUCUGCGUAAACAUCGGCGCACACACACGGGGGAAAAGCCCUACGUGUGCGCCAUCUGCGGGAAGCGCCUGAGCCGCCUGCAGCACCUCAAACACCACCAGCUCAUCCACACCGGGGAGCGGCCGUGCUGCUGCCCAUUCUGCAACCGCACCUUCAAGGAGCCUGCGGCGCUGCGGAAACACGUCCGUACACACCGUGAGGAGGGCGGUCACAUGGGAAUGGGCCCCAGUGAUGACACAGACCCAGACGCCAUGGACGACAUUAACAAUCUCCAUCCGGCAGCUCCUUCUCCUCAGAUGAGAUUUGGGGAGUGGGGGGCUGAGGAGGAGGACGGCUCGGCUGUGGACUGUGUGUAGGGUGUGGUUAAAAAUGGAGACUGUUGGUGUUUUUAUAUGAAACACUCUGGGUAACACGUAAGGUGGGCUUAUUACCUAGGGCUGCAUGUAAACUGGUUCAGUCAAUAUCUAAAACAAAUAUUUUGAACAUUUACAAACGUCCUUCAGCCACAGGCUCUUCGAGCAGCAGCAGUCCAUAGCUUCAUUUUUAUUUAAAAACAAGCCAAAGGGUCACUUAAACCCUCUCAAGCGCAACUUCAGCUGUUGCUAUUGGAACGUAACUGAACUGUUAUGUUUCUAGUCGUUGCUUUAAACCCACAGAUGAGAGACAGAGAUGUCAUUCUGGUGAAUUUCAGCACGUUGAAGACAUUUAAAAGAGAUUUGUUAAGUUUUACUCCAGCUACUGACUGCACCUUCUUUUAAAUUGCUCUAAACAUAAACUUCAGAACAUUUGUGAACAACGUUACAGCCAUCCCAGUGCUCUACAGUCCUCUCUAGUCCUGAAUAAUCCCCUUCAUCUGCUUUUGUACCUAAAACUAGUUUUAGCUGUCGUAUUUGGGUCAAGAAGGGAUGUUGUAGUGGGAAAUGUGCAGCAUUGACUUAAACUUAAUGCUAUUUAAAGUGUAAUCAUGAACUUUGUCACAUUUCUUCCUGCUCCUUUGAUUGAGCACUGUUAGCUGUAUGAGCUAAACUUUGCUGUUUUUCAUUAUUUAAUGUAAUAAAUGAACCUCUGUGUAAUUACCAUAUUUACAUGAACUGGUGUUAUUCGAUGAAACGCUAAAAUCAUAAAAAGUCUUGAUCUGUACGUUCAGAAUUUGCUGAAGUUGUUGCGGCGACUCCUAUUUAUUUUUCUGUAGUUCCUCACGGGAAGGCCUCUGCAUGCAGGCUAAACAAAGGAAUUACUCUGAUGCUGAAAACUUAUGAGUUACUUUUUUAUUUUUACAUUUGUUCUUUGUAAAAAGUUUUUAUAUAUGCAUACAUGUACCACAUGACUAUCCUGUUAGCUUCUGUAGAUGUUACAAACAUUAAAGGGCCUUGUUUUA